CUGAGGCUUUCGGUUACUGUGGUUAGGGUCAAUGGUCAAAGCUCAAAACCAACAAAACCUCACCCCCCUCUCCUCUCAAAUUUCUAAAUCGGAACGAAAUUCGGGUUUGCUUUUCGGCUUUUUUUUUAUCCUCUGCCUAAAUUAUAUAUAUAUAUAUACGUCUCUCAGCGACAACGAAAACCUUCCAUCAAUGGAAGACCCCUAUCCAGACUACAAGCUAUGCGGUUAUCUCUAUGCAGUUCUUGCAAUUCCUUCGCCCCAACGCGAUCCCGUUCCCGUUCCCGUUCUAUCCUUUCUCUCUCCCUGCCACGUGUUCGCCGACGGUGCCCAAAUUGGAUUCAAGGCCACUAAUGGCGUCGUUUUAUCCUCUCUUAGCAGCAAUACAGAUUCUUCUUCGCCCUCGCAGCAUAGAAAUGGCGACGUUGCUUCCAGCAGUUCGAGUCCGGGAAAGAGGAGGUACAAGAGAGGGAUUGGGAUGGUGAAUGGAAGCUUGAGCGUUGUCCACCAGAUUCACUCGUUAGUGGCCAAUAAAUGUAUCAAGAUUCUCGCGCGUGUUUUGAAUGUUGAAGUUCGCGAGAGUGGGGAAGGCGAGGCCAGGGCUGUGGUGCUUGUAGAUGUGUAUUUGCCUGUUGCAUUAUGGACUACUGGUUGGCAGUUUCCGAAAUCUGGCCCCGUUGCUGGAGCUCUCUUCAGGCACUUGAGUCUGCAGUUGUGAUUGGGACAAAAGGAGCUCAAUGCUUGUUGAUGGAGCAGGGUGUUUUAAAAAUGUCCAUGGAGGUGACAAGAGCAUCUGGAAUCUCUCCGACUGUCAUGUUCUUGGAUGCCAGUUGCAUUGUAAUGUCUCUGAUUCUUCAAAGAAAAGGCGUUUUGAACUCCAUGAAAUUUUUAAGUGCUUGCCUAGUGUGACAAAUAAGGAAAAAUUAUAUUCUUCAAGGGUGAAAUCAGUUGAUGGCUCUUAUGGUACUGGUAUUUGGGAUCUGACAGAUGAUACUUUGAUAAAUAUUCUAACUGUCCUUGGCCCUAUGGACCUUGUCAGGGUUGCAGCAACCUGUCGUCAUUUGAGAUCAUUGGCUGUAUCAAUAAUGCCAUGUAUGAAACUUAAACUAUUUCCUCACCAGGAGGCAGCUGUUGAGUGGAUGUUACAGCGAGAGCGGAAUCCUCAAAUUUUGUCGCAUCCUCUAUUCAUGAAUUUUCCAACAGAAGAUGGGUUUGUCUUCUAUGUAAAUACUGUUUCUGGUGAAAUAGUUACUGAAGUGGCCCCAACUGUGAGAGAUUUUCGUGGGGGACUGUUCUGUGAUGAACCUGGCUUAGGGAAGACUAUAACUGCUCUUUCCCUUAUUCUGAAGACUCAAGGAAUAAUUGCUGACCCACCGGAUGGAGUUCAAAUAACCUGGUGUAGACAUAAUGGUGACCAGAGAUGUGGCUAUUAUGAGCUUAGUGGUGACGGGUUCAUCUGUAAUAAUAAGCUUUUGGGGAAAAGGAAUAUGAGCCAGAGUGCUCGUAGGGGACAAUUAUCUUUGGAAAAAUUCACUCCAAUACAUGAUCCAAGUUAUUCUUCACCUAAAAGAGCUAGGUUAAAGGAACCAAGUGAGCACGUUGUACAGUUCAAUAAGUCUUUUCCAGGAACAGGAAAAAAAUUGCUAUCGGCUGCGCAUUCGGAGCCAAUUGCACGUGUAGUUCGAUGCUCAAGGAGCUUGAGUCGUAUCAAGAAAAAUCUUCUUUAUUCAUAUGGUGAAGAAUCUGGCAUAGGCAGCAAAAGGAAAGUUGGAGAAAAUUCAACCAAGAGGAAUUCGGGUUUUUCUUGGGAACAUCUGGACAUGUCAUUUGGAAAGACUACUGGAGAUAUUUUAGCAUAUAAUGAAACUUGGGCUCAAUGUGAUGCCUGUCGAAAGUGGAGGAAGCUUAAAGAUGCCGUGCCUAAUGCUACUGCUGCAUGGUUUUGUAGCAUGAACACUGACCCUUUUCAUCAGAGAUGCAAAGAUCCAGAGGAAGCUUGGGAUAGUUGUGAAUCUAUAACAUACCUUCCAGGAUUUUGCCCCAAAGAAGCAUCUGGAGGAAAGGAACAAAAUGUAUCAUUUUUCAUCAGUGUGCUUAAGGACUACUAUUCAGUGAUCGGUUCUAAAACAAAGAGAGCCUUAACUUGGCUUGCUAGACUUUUGCCGGAAAGACUUUCUCAAAUGGAAACAAUUGGUUUGCCAAGUCCCAUCUUAGGCACUGGAGAUAUGCACGUGUUUCAUACAAUAUUUCAAUCCUUUGGUCUUAUAAGGAGAGUAGAAAAGGGUGUCAGUAGGUGGUAUUACCCAAAGACUCUUGAAAACUUGGCAUUUGAUGUGGAUGCUCUUAGAAUAGCUCUCUGCAGUCCGCUGAAUUCUGUUAGAUUGUAUUUGUCAAGAGCAACUUUAAUUGUUGUUCCAGCAAAUCUGGUUGAUCAUUGGAAAACACAAAUCCAAGAGCAUGUCAAACCUGGCCAGUUGCGUGUCUGCAUCUGGACUGAUCAUAAAAAGCCUUCUGCUCACAGUUUGGCUUGGGAUUAUGAUGUUGUAAUAACAACCUUUAAUCGUUUAAGUGCAGAGUGGGGUGCCAAUAAGAAAAGCCCUCUGAUGCAAGUGCAUUGGCUUAGAGUCAUGCUAGAUGAAGGGCACACACUUGGUUCUAGUCUUAACUUGACAAACAAAUUGCAAAUGGCGAUUUCAUUGAUGACUUCAAGUCGCUGGUUGCUAACAGGAACCCCAACACCUAAUACGCCCAAUAGUCAGCUCUCGAAUCUUCACCCAAUGCUUAAGUUCCUACAUGAGGAAGCUUAUGGACAGAACCAGAAGUCAUGGGAAGCUGGCAUUCUUAGACCAUUUGAAGCAGAGAUGGAAGAUGGUCGCUUGCGUUUGUUGCAGUUGCUCCAUAGGUGCUUGAUUAGUGCCAGAAAGAAAGAUUUGAAAGCUAUUCCUCCAUGCAUCAAGAAGGUGACAUUUCUCAAUUUCACUGAGGAGCAUGCAAGAAGUUAUAAUGAAUUGGUAGUUACUGUACGGCGGAACAUACUAAUGGCUGACUGGAACGAUCCUUCACAUGUUGAAAGUUUGCUUAACCCAAAGCAAUGGAAGUUUCGAAGUGCUACGAUUAGAAAUGUCAGGCUAUCUUGUUGUGUGGCUGGGCAUAUUAAAGUGACUGAUGCAGGAGAAGAUAUUCAAGAAACCAUGGACAUUUUAGUUGCAAAGGGUCUGGAUCCUGUCUCAGAGAACUAUGCUUUAAUUAAGUAUUAUCUACAAUAUGGUGGAAACUGUCAAAGAUGCAAUGAAUGGUGCCGUCUUCCUGUUGUCACACCAUGUGGGCAUCUUUUGUGUCUCGAUUGUGUUGGUUUGGAUAGUGAAAGGUGUACUUUUUCUGGCUGUGGUGAACUUUAUGAGAUGCAAAGUCCUGAAAUUUUAACCCGGCCUGAAAAUCCCAACCCAAAAUGGCCUGUUCCCAAAGAUCUUAUUGAGUUACAACCUUCAUAUAAACAGGAUAACUGGGAUCCUGAUUGGCAAUCAACAUCUAGCAGUAAAGUGUCUUAUCUUGUUCAGAGGCUGAAAGCGCUGCAGGAUGCUAAUAGAGAGUGUCUUUCUUCGAUUAAUGAAAAUGAUGCCAAGAACAUUGAGCAAAUUCAUCCCUCUGUAAUGGGUGAUUCAAGUGCACUGUUGCAGGACUGCUGUAGGCAGAGUUCCAAGUCUUCCAAAUCAGCUCUGGAGAAAGUUAUAAUAUUUUCACAAUUUCUUGAGCACAUACAUGUUAUUGAACAGCAGUUAACAUUUGCUGGUAUCAAGUUUGCUGGACUUUAUAGUCCAAUGCACUCAAGCAACAAGAUGAAGGCGCUAGCCUCAUUCCAACAUGAUGCGACGUGUAUGGCUCUUUUAAUGGAUGGAAGUGCUGCAUUGGGUCUUGACUUGAGCUUUGUAUCACAUGUGUUCUUAAUGGAGCCAAUCUGGGAUAGAAGCAUGGAGGAACAAGUGAUCAGUCGCGCUCAUCGGAUGGGUGCUACUCGUCCCAUUCAAGUGGAGACUUUAGCAAUGCGUGGUACAAUCGAGGAGCGAAUGUUGGAAUUCUUACAGGACGGUGAUGACUGUAGAAGGCUGGUGAAAGAAGAGUUUGAAAAACUUGACCAUCAGGGGACAAGACCUCAUCGCUCACUACAUGACUUUGCUGAGCGCAACUAUUUGGCCCGACUCAGUUUUGUUCACACAGGUCCUAGAACAUAAGAGUUGUGAUGCAGAUCUCAAUCAAGUGGAAUCCGAAGGUUGCAUCAAAUUUAAUUUAACUUUUGAUGAAAUGUUAGUCUGAUUAUUUUCGAAUUAAUUGGUUCUUGCCUUCUCAUUUCUAAGCAAAGCCACUGCUGCAUUGAUGUUCAUCAUUGUUCUUGUUCAUCCAUAUACAGGAAAGGAAAAAGAAACAUUAUGCUUCCAAUGUAUUUUUGUUGUAUCAUACUAAUUGUUAUUUUAAUUCGUCAAAGAGAAAUAAAAUUAAUAUUCGAUCA